AUGACCUGCAGGUCGGACAUUAGUCGUCGUCUACCUGCGGAAAGAGCUUGCAGCUGCGGCUCCAUUUCGGAUUGCUCGGUAGAAAAACCCUCGUACUUCGAGCAUCAAGGAAUGGCCACCGUGUCGGAAUCCACCCAAACCGUUUCCACCAAGGACAUGGCCACUCAAACGGCAAUUCAACCGAAUUCCAAUGGGAACCAGCUGGAUAGUAGGAUCAGCCGAGAUGCAUCCACUCAAUCUCAGCCAAGACUUCAAGAUGCCGAAACACAAUCGAUUCCAUUUUUGUCAUUGGACCUUAAGAGUAGUCAAUCUCAAACGGAAAUUAUCGUUCCAGAAGAAACUAAGCAAGACACUGUCCCCAAUAAGCCGAAAUAUAACGAUGAAAAAGCUCAGAGUUUUGAUAGUUCAUUGCGAAAAAGUUUCUUUAAGCGUCCCAUGAUAGUGGUAAAAAGAUGCCUUCCCCUUUCUACCGAAUUUACAAAUGAAAUGCAUCAAAGUACAUCGGAUACAGUGUUAGUUACUUCGCAUAAAGAAGAUAAGCAGACACAAUAUGAAAAACCACUUGAUGCUAAGUCUUCAGAGCCUUUAAACUCCACCAAAAUUCUCGAUAGGGUAGUGGAACUGGAAACGAAGUUGAGGAAACAGGAGCAAUCUCUGAAAGAUUUGCAAGGAUCUAUGAAUUCAUGGAAAGCCCAGGAAGGAAAUCCCGCUGACUGUAGUCUCAUCUUCAAGGCCCAAGCAAAGGACUGCGAAUCGCCAAAAAAACCUGCAAACCGCUAUCAACCAACACAGAAAAAUGAUGAGGAUGAUUGCGAGUACAGUGACUUUUCCAAAGAAUUUAUCAAAAUUUGCUUAAAGCCCGAGGGCACCGAUCAAAUAAGGUCCCGAAAUGAUACCCAAAAACCCAUUGCUAAACAAUGCACUUGUAGAAAUGAUGCAAAUUCUAGAAAAGUUAUCGGAAAACCCAGUGCCAGCCAGCGUUGUAAGGAUAACCGAAAGGCAAUCUCUACACAGUGCGAUUUGAAUGAUAAUCAUUACAAAGCCAAUUGCCGAAAUAAUACUAAAAAGCCCUUUCCAACGCAGAGCUUAGAGGAUACGGAUAACUUUUUGCAACAAUUCAAUCGUGUGUUCCUAAAACCCAAAAACGAAGAAUCGAUUUGUGACGAUUCGAGAAAGAUUUCGGAAGAAAAUAAAACCCAAAGAUCACCUUACUCUGUAAACCCUACAAACCAAAAUUUAAAGCAAAAGGAGGUUGACAAUUUACUCGAUGGAUUUGUUAAAUUGGCAGCAAAAGCUGAAAACGAAACUCCUCGAACAAGAAGAGUUUCCUCCACAUCUUGUUUGAAUACAAAUAAAAGUCCACAACAAUCGCAAUCAGAGCAAACUGUGGAAAAGGAGGUCUAUCAGUCCUUGAUCGAGCAGUUCAUACAGCUUUUCACGAAAUCCAAGAAGUGUGGCAAUGAACAAGAUGAGAAAACUAACGCAUUUGGUGGACUACUGGUGGAAUUAGUUAAAUAUUUUAUCAAGCCCAAGGACCUGGAAUCGAGUCCUUGUAAGGAGGAGGAUGGAAACAAAAAUAUCCCCAUAACGGAAAGGAAAUCUGUUUCGGUUAACGAACAGAAAACUCAAUGCAAUUGCUCGAAAGCCAAGCGCAAUUUUAAUUCCACUUCAACGCAAUCGGACCUCAAAAUGACGGAUAUGCACGAGGAUUUGAGGAGGCGAGAUGAGAGACCCGGUAGUUUGGCAAGGAAAUCCACAAUAAGCGAGAUUUACGCUUCCAAUGCAUCUUUUAGAGAAACUAAACCCACAGAUCCGACACCAUGCAGAUGCCAAUUUUGUGGCGACGGCAAUUUGCCCGUUCUGGAUAGCUUGCUACAUGAGCUAUUUUACCUUAUUGGACCGAGAUCCUUCAACGACGUGGUGCUGACCAUACUCCGGCAUCCGGAUAACAUCUACCACAUAAACAUCCGUGAAAUGGCCUCGGGUACCGUACUGGGCUGCCUGCUGGCCAAUGGAAGGGCCAUCAACGAAGCCAUCGCCCUGGGACUGUUCGAGGACAUCCACACGUUCUGCGAGCUGGACAAGCACAGGGAGCACGAUCCCAGGGACUGUCCACUGGGCAUAAGCCCCGACGUCCUUUGUCCACGGGAGCGUGGUGGCGACAUUCAUCCGGAUAGGGAGGCCUCCAAAAUAAGGGCCAUUGAGUUUUCCACUCGAGUGCUGGGAGUUCCCGCCGGACAAGCAGGUCGCUUCUUCUCCCUAACCAACGCCCUCAAAUUGGCCAAGAAACCAUCCGAUCAGAGCGUUGGAUGCUCGGAGCUAUCCAUGGUGUCCCUUCAUUGGCGUGGAAGUCCCGGACAGGGUGUUCCUAUUGGCCAAGGAGCAGUCACCGGCAGUCACUUGCUUUCCAUGAGAAGUUGCGACCGAUUUUCACUUGCGGAUUUUAGUGAACCGGGAAAGACAUCCAGUUUGUUCCUUCGCAUAGUUUCUGGCCAGGAUCAGGAGGCUCAGGAUGAUCAGUCCAAAAUAGUAAGGCAUUAA